GGUGGACUCCACUUUUGGUAUCGUCUCAGUUCACAGGUCAUGCGCAGGCGCCCUUUUCAACACACGGAGUGAAUCGCUUGUUGCUAACAAGCUGAAUCAUUUGGUAGCCUUUUCUCCAGUUUAUUGCUAUAAUACGCGUCUUGCGGUGCAAUGGCGGCAAGAUAUGACAGAGCUAUUACUGUCUUUUCUCCCGAUGGUCAUCUGUUUCAAGUGGAGUAUGCACAGGAAGCUGUAAAGAAAGGUUCUACAGCGGUGGGAAUCAGAGGUAAAGACAUUGUUGUCCUUGGUGUGGAGAAGAAAUCUGUUGCAAAGUUACAGGAGGAAAGGACUGUCCGCAAGAUAUGCGCACUGGAUGAGCACGUCUGCAUGGCAUUUGCAGGUUUGACCGCAGAUGCUCGUAUUGUGAUAAACAGAGCUCGUGUUGAGUGCCAGAGCCACAGGCUAACAGUUGAGGACCCAGUCACAGUGGAAUACAUCACACGCUACAUAGCUACACUGAAACAGCGCUAUACUCAAAGCAAUGGUCGCAGGCCGUUUGGCAUCUCUGCAUUAAUUGUUGGCUUUGACUACGAUGGAACUCCCAGGCUGUAUCAGACGGACCCGUCAGGAACGUACCAUGCCUGGAAGGCAAAUGCAAUCGGCCGUAGCGCAAAAACUGUGAGAGAGUUCUUGGAGAAGAAUUACACAGAAGAAGCCAUUGCUGGGGACAAUGAGGCAAUCAAGUUGGCCAUCAAAGCUUUGCUUGAGGUUGUCCAGUCAGGAGGGAAAAAUAUUGAACUUGCUGUUAUCAGACGAAAUCAGCCACUGAAGAUUUUGGAAUCCAAGGAAAUUGAGACCCUGGUGGCUGAGAUUGAAAAGGAAAAAGAAGAAGAAGCAGAGAAGAAAAAGCAGAAAAAAUCCACAUAAAGCAGUUGUAUAAAAUCUUGUCCUUAUUGCACUUGGAUGAUGAUGAUGAUAUCAUACUUAAGUUCCAAAUAUUAGCAGGUUUCAGAAGGUUUAUUCAUUUAUUUCAUUGUAAAGAACUGACUCAUAACUUGUGAUUUUCACUUAUUGUGUAGAUGCUAUACCAGUUGUAAAGACCUUCAGAAUUAUACAUCCAACUGUUGAGCUGACUAUUGCGAAAACACACAGUCGUAGAUCUCAGGUUAGGGUUCAGAUCUUAAACUAUGGUCACAUUUUUUUUUAUCAUUCAGUAAAUAAUUCUAAUAACUCCCCGGUGUUAAAAUAAACUGUAUGUGAUACUCAGAACCUUAAUGAAACAAAAUACUCAAUAAAAGCAGAGUUGUUUGUAUGAUUUAUUAUAAAA